AAUGAAGGGGCGGGGAAUUAGCAUGGUGUCAAAAUGGCGGAGUUGGAGAUUGGUCAACAAUGUGAGGUACAACAUUGCCGUCAGUUAGAUUUUCUGCCUUUUGUUUGUGAUGGAUGUUCAGGAAUUUACUGCCUUGAACAUAGAGGUAAAGAUGCUCAUGGCUGCUCUGAGGUUUGUUUAAGAAAACCAGUGAAAUCUAAAGGAACCUCUUCUUACAAAUGUACAUAUAAAAGCUGUAAGGCAAAAGACCUCUUGCCAGUAAUUUGCUCACAUUGCGAGAAACAUUUUUGUCUGAGUCAUCGACACCAGUCAGACCACAAUUGUGAAAAACAAGAGUUGCCUAUAUCACACUUGGCUGUUUCUCGGCAAGUAGUUAAAGAGUCUGUUGCCCGAGAUGCAGUCCCUGUUCCGCUGAAGAAAGGUAGAAAAGGAGCAAAGAAUGAUGCAACAGCUGCAAAAGUAGCACUUAUGAAGAUGAAGUUACAUGCUGUUGGAGACAAUUCCAUACCACAGAGUGAGCGACUAUAUUUUCAAGUUUUUUUGCCAAAAGGAAGCAAAGAGAAAAGCAGAUCAAUGUUCUUUUGUUCCAAAUGGAGUAUUGGAAAAAUGGUGGAUAAUGCAGCCUCACUGUUGAACCUUAGGAAUGACAACAAUAUUUUGGCAGCUAAGAAAUUGAGGCUGUGUCACAGUGAAUCAGGAAAUGCAUUGCCUGUGGGCCAAACUUUGGAAUUAUGGCUAACAAAUAAUGACAGCCCACUGAUCAAUGGAGGAACCAUUAUCCUUGAAUACUUAGACAAUGAUUGUAUGAAAUUAGAAAACACAAAUUCAUACAUGGAAUGACAGUUAUUAAAAUGAACAAAUGUAAUCAUUUAGAGGAAAGUACGCUGAAGAAAGUUUGUUUUGAUAUCAUAUCUGAGAUGAUCUUUAAACACUGUAAAUUAUACAACUUUUUUAUAUCGCCAAACUAUUGACUUUUAUUUAAGUGUAAAUCAUUUUAUUUGGAAUAAAUCAGUCUACUGUUACUGUUACAUGCUUGAUGGGUAAUUCCAGAUGAUGUUUAACCUGUUUAGAGUCGAAAAUAAUUUUCCCAAAUUAUGUCUUCACUAUCUGAUCUCUGUAAUCUAAUACCUUAAAUCAUGUUAGCAACCCUUCUUCACUGUAAAAAAAUUACAUAACUGCCCUUGGAAUAAUGUGAGAAAAUCUGAAUCUGAAUGUUAAAUUAAAAGCAGAGUAUAUUAGAGUUAGGCUUCAAUAUUUUAAACAGAUUUUAUUUUGGCAACUUGUAUUUUGGAAGUGUCACGGUUAAUGGAGUGGGCAUAGGGCAUACAUAGAGUCAGAGAGAUGUAUAGCACGGAAACAGACCCUUCAGUCCAACUCGUCCAUGCCGACCAGAUAUUCCAACCCAAUUUACUCCCACCUGCCAGCACCCGGCCCAUAUCCCUCCAAACCCUUCCGAUUCAGAUACCCAUCCUGAUGCCUUUUAAAUGUUGCAAUUGUACUAUAAUCCACCACUUUCGCUGCCAGCUCGCUUCAUAUGUGUACCACUCUCUGCAUGAAAAAGUUGCCCCUUAGGUUUCUUUUAGAUCUUUUCCCUCUCACCCUAAACAUUUUCCCUCUAGUCCUGGACUCCCCCACCUCAGGGAGAAGACGUUUUCUAUUUACCCUGUCCUUGCCCCUCAUGAUUUUAUAAAUCUCUAUAAGGUCAGCCCUCAGCCUCCGAUACUCCAGGGAAAACAGCUGCAGCCUAUUCAACCUCUUCCUGUGGCUCAAAUCCUCCAACUCUGUCAAUAUCCUUGUAAAUCUUUUCUGAACCCUUUCAAGUUUCACAGCACACUUCUGAUAGAAAGGAGACCAGAAUUGCAUGCAGUAUUCCAAAAGCGACCUAACCAAUGUCCCAUACAGCUGCAAUAUGACCUCCCAACUCCUGCACUCAAUACUCUGACCAAUAUAGGAAAACAUACCAAAAGCCUUCUUCACUAUCCUAUCUACCUGCGACUUUACUUUCAAGGAACUAUGAACCUGCACUCCAAGGUCUCUUUAUUAAGCAACACUCCCCAAGACCUUACGACUAAGUAUGUAAAUCCCACUCAGAUUUGCUUUCUCAAAAUGCAGCACCUUGCAUUUAUCUAAAUUAAACUCCAUCUGCCACUCCUCAGUCCAUUGGCUCCCCUGAUCAAGAUCCUGUUGUAAUCCGAGGUAACCUUCUUUGCUGUCCACUACACUUCCAAUUUUGGUGUCAUCUGCAAACUUAUUAAUUAUACCUCCUAAACUCUCAUCCAAAUCAUUGUAUAAAGACGAAAAGUAGUGGAUUCUGCACCAAUCCUUGUGGUACUCCACUGGUCACAGGCCUCCAAUCUGAGAUACAACCCUCCACCACUACCCUCUGUCUUCUACCUUUGAGCCAGUUCUGUAUCCAAAUGGCUAGUUCUCCCUGUUUUCCAUGAGAUCUAACCUUGCUAACCAGUCUCCCAUGGGGAACCUUGUCAAACAUCUUACUGAAAUCCAUAUCAAUCACAUCUACUGCUCUGCCCUCAUCAAUCCUCUUUGUUACUUCAAAAACUCAAAAAAGUUUGUGAGGCAUGAUUUCCCAUGCACACAGCCAUGUUGACUAUCCGUAAUCAGUCCUUGCCUUUCCAAAUAUAUGUACAUCCUGUCCCUCAGGAUCUCCUCCAACAACUUGCCCAGCACCGUCAUUAGGCUCACUGGUCUAUAGAUCCCUGAUGACAACUGAAAGUUUAAUCAGUUUGUUUACAAAUAUCAAAAAGUUAAAAUGUUAGAAUAACUUAAACUAUCAUUACAAAGUUUUACCCUACAAGUCAUGUAAACAUGACACAAUAUUAA